UGACGUUAAUCUGAAGAAGAAAAAAACUAGUUCAGUGGGCAUGGACAUCAUCGCACGCACACAAAUAUAUAUCAUCGCACAUAACAUACAGUGUCAACAGAAAUAGCGAUACUACGGCAAACAAACAAGAUCUACUGGAUGUUUGGCUAACUGUCAAAACAAUAAAAGAAAGAAAAAAUUUAGGAAUUGUCGACUGAUGCUAGGCUUAAAGUGGCAACUGAUUUGUUUCUUCUAUAGAGAUUAUUUUUUGUCACCAAUCAUUUUGAUAUUUUCAUUUGCUCUGGGUCAUUCACUGUGAAGAAAAAUUCGGAAAUGGUGCAUCCUGCUGCUUUAGCAAUCACAUUCGGUGUUGUUCUAGGUGGUGCUAUCUUUGCUUUGUUCUUUUACCAAAAUACAAGAAACCAAGACAAUCGAUGGACAUACGAGGAAAGUCCGAGAAGAGAUCCACUAGAAUUCAUGCAACAUCAAUUUGAAUCUGACAUCUGUUCAAUUUGUUUAGAUCGUUUCGAUGACGACGAUGUAUUUUUAGAAUGUUGCCAUCGUUUUCAUCGGCGUUGCAUUGAUGAAAGUCUAAGACAUAGUCAUUCAUGCCCGAAUUGCCGUCAACCAGCCAAAAUUCGGAGGAGCUAAUCCAAAUCAUUUGCGUGGUAGUUGAACACCGCUUUUAGUGAAAAUUUGAAUUAUAUUGUUAUUAAAGGAAAGUGAUGUUGAAAUUAACACAAAAAUAGUAACAAAAAUGUUUCUCACUUUUAGACUACACCCUUUUCAAUUAUUAGAGGGUGAAUCGAUUGAAUUGUAGUAGUUCGAUUUUUUAUUUUAUUUUUCUCAAACACAAAAUAAAAAUGACAUGGUAAAGACUAAUAACAAAUGCUCAAUGUUUUCUCAUCUACUCGAUAUCCGUUUAAGGUUUAACUGUUGACAGUUACAGUGUGACAGCUGUGUGUUUCUAAUUCUAAUGCUCAUUGAACACAUACAUGGUUUGAUGGCAAUGAUGAAGAAAAACCUGAUUCAAUCUGAUUUAAUCGUCAGUGAACGUUUGAGCUGCAAAAGAAUUAGAGCGUUGUUUGCAGUUUUUAUAGAAAAAAAUUAAAAAUCAAGAGCGAUUUGAGUAAUCGAACAAUUUUACUAGAAAUUUCAAUUGAAAUUGUGUCAACCUAUUUAUAGGAAAUUUAUUUUCAUUGACAAUGUUUGUACAUCUAGUCAAGCGUCCGUUUCAAUCGCUCGUGCUACGAAAUACUUUUCGAAAUUCCGGAAGCUUGUCUCAGAAUCGAUACUCUAGCAGCCAGAUUAACAAAGAAAAUGUAGCCUUUGCAGGGACAAUGAACGAUGUGAAAACAGAAAUAGUGAAAAAACUUGGCAUACAGGAAAAUUGGUCAGCUUUGCCAAAAAGUCGUGAAUAUCUUGCUCAAUACGAACCAAAGUCUGUUGAUGACUUGCCAGCAAGGUCAAUGAAGGACUCUUUUACAUCGGCUUUGCUACCACUUUCGCAGGAUCUAGCACUGCGUGAUAAAUAUGUUACCUUCAUGGGAAGUGUUCGUUUGGGACGUCUGAUGGAGGAUAUGGAUUUGUUUGCCGUUUGGGUAUUACAUCAGCACGUGAAGCUGCCAAAUUUAGAUCCCUCGAUCCCACUACCGUACACUUUUGUUACUCUUUUUGUUGAUUCUAUAAAUUUCACUGAUCAUAUUCCAAAAAAUGAUUCCGAUAUUCGUCUUUCGGGACAUGUAAGCUGGGUGGGACGCUCGUCCGUUGAAGUUGUUGUAUGGCUUGAACAAAAAUUUCAAGGACGAUGGCGAAAGCUAACUAGAGCACUUUUCUUGAUGGCCUGUCGUAAUGCAACUAACAGUGCAGCCGCAAUUGUGAAUCCUCUAAAUCCUGAAAAUGACGGAGAAAAAAAAAUUUUCACUGGUGGUGAAAAUCGCAAACGAAAACGAAUUCAAUUACAGAAAGAAUCCAUUUUCCAUGGACAAGAGCCAAGUGCAUUUGAACAAAAACUCAUUCAUAACAUUUUCAUGAAAACCAUGGACUUAAAUAAUAAGAAUAAGACAUUCAACGUUCGUAAAAUUCCAUCAGGCGCCAUUUGGAUGGAAGAUGCGCAACUCUCGAAUGUCAUCUACUCUCACCCGGAAGACAGGAAUGCUCACAAUUCAGUUUUCGGUGGCUAUUUAAUGCGGCAGGCUUUGGAACUCUCAUGGGGUCUGGUGUAUACAUUGAAUGAGGGCCGGUGCCGCCUGAGAUGCAUAAACGAUAUCACUUUCUCACGGCCGGUACCAGUUUCAUCUCUAUUGAAAAUGCACGCUCAUUUGGUGUACACCGAAGUUAAUUAUAUGGUCAUUGUGGUGAUUAACGAGACUUAUGAUGCCAUUUCCGGCGAACACACUACAUCAAAUGUCUUCUACUACACUUAUUCGUGCGAUGUGCCUGUAAAUCAAAUUAUUCCAAAAACAUACAACGAAGCUAUGUGGUAUCUAGAUGGCAGACGGAAGUUCAUUGCAGCUGUUGGAGGUGAAGAUGAAAAAAUUGAAGGUCUAACACAGAAAUCCGGCUAAAUUGUUUAUUUAAAAUGUCGAGUGUCCCUUUUGAACAAUAACAAUAUAUUAAUA